UUCAAGUCCCUUUCGGCUGCUCCCAGACCCCCGACGCGGCUUCGCCUCAGCCCGCGUCCCGCUGUGAUCUGAAGUGGCCUUGGGUGCCGUAGGGAGGACGCGGGGACACCCGAAAGUGGGAAAUGGACUCAGUGACCUUUGAGGAUGUGGCUGUGAACUUUACUCUGGAGGAAUGGGCUUUGUUGGAUCCUUCCCAGAAGAAUCUCUACAGAGAUGUGAUGCUGGAAACCUUCAGGAACCUGCUUUCUGUAGGAAAAGAAUGGGGAGACCAGAACAUUGAAGAUCAGUACAAUAAUCCCAGGAUGAACCUAAGCAGUUUUGUGGUAGAGAGAGCCUGUGAAAAUGCAGAAGGUAGUCAGUGUGGAGGAACCUUAAGCCAGGUUCCAGAUUGUCAUCUGAACAAGAAAACGCCUCCUGGAGUAAAACCAACUGAAAGCAGUGUGUGCAGAGAUAUCUUCAUGUGUCCUUUAUCCCUUAAUGGGCACAUCACAGUUCACACGGGACACAAACCAUAUGAGUGUCAAGAAUAUGGUGAGAAUCUAUAUAAAUGUAAGGAACGUAGUAAAGCUUUCAGUUGUUCCAGUUCUGUUCAAAUACAUGAAAGAACUCAAACUGGAGAAAAACCCUAUGAAUGUAAAGAAUGUGGGAAAACCUUCAUUUCUCUUAGAAGCAUUCAAAGACACAUGAUACUGCACACUGGAGAUGGACCAUAUAAAUGUAUGGUGUGUGGGAAAGCCUUUGGUUUUCCCAGUGCAUUUCAAAGACAUAAAAGAACACACACUGGGGAGAAACCCUAUGAGUGUAAGCAGUGUGGUAAAGCCUUCAGUUGUUCUAGAUCUCUACGAUAUCAUGAAAGCACUCACAGUGGAGGGAAUCCCUUUGAAUGUAAGGAAUGUGGGAAAACCUUCAUUUCUCUCAAAAGUGUUCAAAGACAUAUGAUGAUACACACUAGAGAUGGCCCUUAUAAAUGUAAGGUGUGUGGGAAAGCCUUUGGUUUUCCCAGUGCAUUUCAAAUUCAUGAAAGGACUCACACUGGAGAGAAGCCCUAUGAAUGUAAGGAAUGUGGGAAAGCAUUUAUUUGUCCCAAAAGUGUUCGAAGACACAUGAUAACACACACUAGAGAUGGCCCUUAUAAAUGUGAGGUGUGUGGGAAAGUCUUUGGUUUUCCCAGUGCAUUUCGAACACAUAAAAGAACACACACUGGAGAGAAACCUUAUGAGUGUAAGCGGUGUGGUAAAGCUUUCAGGUGUUCUAGUUCUCUACGAUAUCAUGAAAGGACUAAUGGUGGAGAGAAACUCUAUGAAUGUAAGGAAUGUGGGAAAGCUUUCAGUUGUUCCAGUUCUGUUCGUAUACAUCAAAGAACUCACAUCGGAGAGAAACCCUAUGAAUGUAAGGAAUGUGGAAAAACCUUCAUUGCUUUCACAAGUAUUCAAAGACACAUGAUACUGCACACUGGAGAUGGACCAUAUAAAUGUAAGGUGUGCGGGAAAGCCUUUGGUUUUCGUAGUGCAUUUCAAAGUCAUGAACGGACUCACACUGGAGAGAAACCCUAUGCAUGUAAACAAUGUGGGAAAGCUUUCAGUUGUUCCAGUUCUGUUCGAAAACAUGAAAGAACUCACUGGAGAAAAACCCUGUGAAUUUAAGGAAUGUGAGGAAGCCUUCAAUUCAUGUUCAAGCAGUCAAAAACAUGAUACUGCAUACUAGAGAUGGACCUUAUGAACCAAAGAUGUGUGGGAAAGCCUUUGCUCAUUGCAGUUCAUUUCAAAUACAUGAAAGUACACACACUGGAGAGA